AAAGAUGAGUUACAACAACGAAAACUAUAAUCCGCCAAAUUACCCAACCACGAAUAACUACGACUACGAAAACAACUAUGAUGAGAAGCCUGAAAGUAACCAGAAUUUCGAUGAGGCAUUCAAAGUCACCAAGCCUCGGUUCAAUGACUGGCCCUUUACCAUAUUCUUCCUCUUGGUGGUUGCAGGGUUUAUUGGAGUUGGAGGCAUCACCUUGAACGCAUUAAGGGAAACGUUUGACUUUCAAGGAACAUCCAUCUACAACUCUGGUAACAAAUUCUCGUUGAACACGAACACAAUUAUUUUGUUUGCAUUUAUCAUAGCGUUGUCGCUUGUGUUGUCAACACUCAUCAUCGUAUACGCACGAAUGGCACCCAGGGUGUUCAUUAUCAGUGGACUUAUUUUGAACGUGGUGUUGGGAUUGGCUACUGCCAUCUACUAUUUUGCAGUCAAAUACUAUUCUGCAGCCAUUGUGUUUUUGGUUUUCACGUGUAUCUCUGCCUUUUGUUACUGGAGUGCUCGUAGUAGGAUUCCCUUUAGUGCCACUGUCUUGACCAUCACCAUCGAUGUGAUGAAACGAUACCCUUCUACGUUGGUGACAUCUUUUAUUGGAAUUAUAGUUAGUUCGUCAUUUAGUGUGUUGUUUUCGGUGGUAAUUGUGGGAUGUUAUGUCAAGUUCGACCCCAACUCUCAAAACGAAGGCUGUUCUGUCGGAGGCGGGAGCUGCUCCCAAGCCAAGUUGAUAGGGAUAUUGGUGUUUGUAUUUUUCGCAGGAUACUAUAUUUCCGAAGUGAUCAGAAACAUCAUUCAUGUGGUGAUUGCCGGGGUUUACGGAACAUGGUACUACUUGGCAGGGUCAGACCGAGGUGCACCACGGUUUCCAGCGCUUGGUGCGUUGAAGAGGGCUCUCACUUACUGUUUUGGCUCCAUUUGCUUUGGAUCGUUGAUUGUUUCGGUGAUCCAGUUGAUCCGGGCUGGGGUCCAGAUCUUGAAACUGGACGCUUUUGGUAGUGGAAACAACUGUGCUGGAUGUGCGUUUUUGGUGUUGGACUUUAUCAUUGGAUUUGUGGAAUGGGCCGUCAAGUACUUCAACCAAUAUGCCUAUUGCUACGUGGCGUUGUACGGCAAGUCGUACAUCAAGUCGGCCAAAGACACGUUUGACUUAUUGAGAUUCAAGGGCAUGGAUGCGUUGAUCAAUGAUUGUUUCAUUGGCACCUCAUUGAAUUUAUAUGCUUUAUUCGUGGGGUACGUGGUGGCGUUGUUAUCAUAUCUCUAUUUGAAGUAUACGGCGCCGGAGUAUAACUCGAGUGGCACCUACUAUGCGCCGGUGGUGGCGUUUUCAUUUUUGAUUUCAGGUCAAAUCACUCGGGUGGCCUUGGUGGUGAUCGAGUCCGGGGUAUCUACAUUUUUUGUGGCAUUGGCCAAGGACCCUGAGGUGUUCCAGAUGACCAAUAGACAAAGGUUCGAUGAGAUUUUCCAGAACUACCCGCAAGUGCUCCAGAAAAUCACCUCGGACCAUUAGGUAUAGGUAUUUUGUGUUCUCUGUAUUAUCAACGACGAUUUCCAGCACUUCG